AUGGAUCCAUAUAAUAAUACCAAUAUCAUGCAACAAUACACCCAUUCAAACCCAUCAUCCACACACUCUUCGCCUCAAUCAUACCCACAAGACAUUGACAACCGGCCUUCUUCCUCCAACUCGAGGUUCCAUCAUCAUCAUCCACUAUCCCAUUCCCAGACGUACCCUAUCCCAGGUGGUGCCUACCCACCUCGCCACACAGGCCAAGGACAGGGACAAGGAGGACAAACGAGAAGCAACUCCUACUCUUCAUCACUCCAUCUUCAAGUAACAACUUCAACACCCACAGCACACGAACAUGACCCCAACGAACGAACCGCCCGUCCGGGAAAUGCGCAUCUGCAUACGCAGUUCCAUUCAUUGUCGCUUCCUCUUCCUUUGCCUAAUAGUCAUAGUUUGAGUGGGGGAGGGGGAGGGGGGAUGAGCGCUGUUACGCCUACUGCGACGAGGCCACUACCGCCACCACCCGCGUCGUCGUUUGGGUCGAGCUUGCAGAUACAGAAUGCGAAUGCGCAGGGCCCUACGCCGCCUCCUACGCCGCAUCACAACUCCACCACUACCACUGCUACCACUACCAACGGCGCACCCAACGAAUACCCCCCUUCUUCAUCUUCCCUCUCCUCCCUUGACCAAACACAACCCCAAGGCCAAGGCAUCCAAAGCGAAUACACAACAUCCACACCCGGCCUCUCAGGCGGCCUUUCUCGUGCUUUGAAGCCGCUUGAACAGGAUAGACUGGCGCAUUUGGAUAGGUUGAAGUUCUUUUUGGCGACUGCGCCGUCUAGGUGGGAUUCCAAGGCCCUUCCUUCCGCUACUGCCAUUCAGUCGGGAGCGGGAACGGGAGAUGCGUUCCAAGCACAAGCGCAGCCCCAUCCGGCACUGCAUAGGUUCUUGUUACCUAGUCAGGAAUUCGUGACGUGUGUUCUUUGGAAUGGGUUGUAUCAUAUUACGGGGACAGAUAUUGUUAGGGCGUUGGUUUUUAGAUUCGAGGCAUUCGGCCGCCCAAUCCGCAACAUGAAGAAAUUCGAAGAAGGCGUGUUCAGCGAUUUGAGAAACCUCAAGCCCGGCGUUGAUGCGUGUUUGGAGGAACCCAAGGGUGGGGUGGGGUGGUGGUGGAUGACCGGGGAGCGGCUUUUGUACCGUGUGUGGGGUAUGGUGACAUGUCUUUUGUGGGGUGUAUGCGUGGGUUGUGUGCGGUGCGCGGCUAUUGUGUUACUUGCGGGCGUCUUUUGUUCCCCGGUCUUCUCGGAAAACUUUUCUUGGGGGAAUGGAUUGUCUGCUUUCUUGUUUCUUCUGAGCCCCUUCUUGGAUCUGCUCUUCAAAUACCAAUGCAUUCGGACGCAAAAGAAACAAAAAGUGUUUUAUUGGUUCUCAGUCCCGCACGACCGCCUCUUUCUAGACGCCCUAGAACGUGAUCUAAAACGCGAAAAAAUGGGCAUGGAACCCACCACUCAAAUCGUCGGCGAACCCGCCCUCUCCUUCACCUACGACCCCAAGAAGAGCCUCUACGAACAGUUCAGCAAAGCUCAAGGCGUGAGGGAGGGCGAAGGCGAGUUGGAGGUAGCCGUUCGUCGUUUGGACGAAGAUGCCGUAGUAGGCAUGGAGGACGUAACUGGGGAGGAGAGCGAGGGCCCCAGCGAUGUGGAUGAUGCCAUGACCGGUGGUGGAGAUGAUGGCGCACGUGCAUCGGGAUCCGUCGUCGCCUCUGAGGUUCUGGGGAACCAGUUCUUUGGGUUCCCGCUGUUUGAAGGGAGCUCGACGUACAAGCAGCGCAGGCCAAAGAAGAACGGAAGUAUAGGUGCAAGCGGCGUUCUCCCGAAACCACGUAAAGACAGCGAGGAAUGGGACCGUGGACGGGGACGUGAUAGGUAUCCGUCAACAUCGAGUGCGGGGAACAGCCUCAGUCGCGAACGUCAAUCCCAGUUUGGGUCGUUGAGGGCUCAGAGCGAUGCUGCGAUGAGUGCUGCGGAGAUGUUCUUGAAGCAGGCUAGGGGAGAGAUGGUCCCCGUUGAGAGGAAGCCGCGGGUUCAGAGUAUGGUGAACAUGGGGGAUAUGGGGGUGUAUUACGAGGGAGGAGGGCAAGCGCAGCGGCAACAACAGUUUGGUGGGGUCCACCAGCAGCAUCAGAUGCGAGGACGUAGUCAUGAUGAUUCGUCUCAUCGACAGGCGUACUCGACGCCACCCAAUUCGGCUCCGUACGUCUCAAACACGGGCUACGUCCCUCAUCAUCAUCGACCUCCACCAGCACUUGUAUCGAGCACGACGCAGUAUGAAGCACUCUCUGAAGAUGGGAAGAUCAGGGCUUUUGUGUGUCCCCUGUUCUCCUGUGGACGUCUUUUCAAACGGAUGGAACACCUGAAGCGACAUCUUCGGACGCAUACCAUGGAACGACCGUUUGCCUGUUCGAAAUGCAAUAAGCGUUUUUCGAGGAGUGAUAACCUCAACCAGCAUAUGCGGACUCACGAAAGGUCGGCAUCCCGUAGUGGUGGAGAGGGUGGUGGGUCUGGAGCGAUUGGAGAUUGGAUCGAUGGUGGGGGGGAUGGUCGAGAAGAUAGCAGUGGGGCUGAAAGUGAGGAUGACUUUUCGUCCAUCUUUGCUCACGGGUCUACAGUGGCGACUGCUGCGGGUCUCGUUGACAUCGAUAUGAACACGUUUCAGAUGCUUGGUGGCGCAGCUGCUUUUGGGGAUAUGCAGAUGUGCGAGGUGGAGGUGCAAGGAAAGGAGGUUCAUGAUGAUGAAGAGGGGUUGAUCAUGCGCACGGUCAAUGGGACGAGUGCUCAGCCUUAUACCGGCGGGCAGCCUGUUUCGCAGGAAGCAGGCUUCUUCUCCAACAACACUCCCAAUUCCACGCUGUUCUCGGGAAACACGUCCGUGAACGAGUUUGCAGAACCACAAUGGGCACAUCCACGCCUGCAUAGUCCAGCUUUUAGUGCCGUCAGCGUACCGUCCCCUCCUCCGGGAUCGAUACCUCACAUUCACAGCAACAGCAACCGUUCAUCCCAGACCUCUUCCCCAGCUGGCUUCAUGCGGCCUGUCCACACAUCUCACUCCUCGUCAUCGUCAGCUGCAUCUUCAGCUUAUGAUGAUGAUUUUGCUACAUCCAUCUCAGCCCCAUCUCACAAGCACUCAUUCGAUCAUGCGGCAUUGUACCCUCCUGGUAUGCUGGAGAGCGCCGCUGCGGCUGCCGCAGGUGGUCCCGGUCCCAUCCGACGCCACCGUAGUAUGACGCCAUCCAUCAUUCGCAAUGGAGAGCCUAUCAGGAGGCCAAUGACAGCCAGCAGUGACUUUUCCAUCACCGGUGGCUCUCCCGGUAGUUCCUCUUCCAUCCCGGUUCUGGCUUCGAGGGGAUACCACCCUUACGCGGGGUACAGCGCCUCCUCUCGUGCCGGCUCUACCCACUCAAGCCCCUCAAUCCACCCCAUGCCCCUCUCAAAUAAUGACUACCACCCGCAGAUCCGCAGAUCCGAUUCGCGCAGCUCGAGCUUUGGGGGCGCGCUGCAGGAGCAGAUGCGCCAGAUGAUGAAUAUGAAUUUGGAUUCUCAACAACAACAUCAACGUGGGAACGAAUCCCAGAUGUACAAUGAGCCUAUUUUCCGGACCGAGUCUCCUGCGGCGUUCCCGCAGACUGACUCCCCUGCACAAUAUGCGAUGGAUUUGCCUAUGCACCACUAUGCGGAAGGGGGUGCUACUGGUGCUGCGUUUGGACAACAUGCUGCAACGGCGCCGGUGCAUUAUGCGGGUGGUGGUGGAAUGCCGACGCACCCAUCACAUCAAUAUCCUGGCCAGGUUGGCCUUCAACACGAAGGGUAUUACCCCCAUUCUCAACAUAUUACUCUAUAA